GAGGCCCCGCCCCUUCCCCCUCUACCUCCUCCCCCCGCGGGAGUUGCGGCGCUGCGGGCUGGGUCCAGGCUGGAGGGGUCCCCGGGGUCGGUGGGGAAUCCGUGCCGGAGCGGCCCCUGAAUCGGGCGGGCGAGCGAGUGGCGGAGCGAGCGAGGGAGCGGGCCGGGCGGCGGCGUGCGGCGCCGUUGAGGGCGCUGCCCCGCACGCUCCCAGGCCGCCCCGGGUCCUCGGCUCUUCGAAGGAGGAUCUGCACCCGGGGCCGAAGCGCCGGGGCGGACGGAGGCGUUGCUGUCUCUCAGCCUCAUCGCCGCGUCCGGAGACUUAGGUCGGCGCCUGGGAUCGGGGACUGAGGCUAGGGCGCUGCCUGCCGGAGCGGAGAUCCAGAUUUGCCUCCCACCCCCGCUCAGGACGCUGACGCGGUGAGGCGGCCCCGGGAGCAUGAGCGGGCAGCGCGUGGACGUCAAGGUGGUGAUGCUGGGCAAGGAGUACGUGGGCAAGACGAGCCUGGUGGAGCGAUACGUGCACGACCGCUUCCUGGUGGGGCCCUAUCAGAACACCAUCGGGGCCGCCUUCGUGGCCAAGGUGAUGUCCGUCGGAGACCGGACGGUGACUUUGGGUAUUUGGGACACAGCAGGAUCUGAGCGCUAUGAGGCCAUGAGCCGAAUCUACUAUCGGGGCGCCAAGGCUGCCAUUGUCUGCUAUGACCUGACGGACAGCAGCAGCUUUGAACGAGCAAAGUUCUGGGUGAAGGAACUGCGCAACCUAGAGGAGGGCUGUCAGAUCUACUUGUGUGGCACCAAGAGUGACCUGCUGGAGGAAGACAGGCGGCGUCGACGUGUGGACUUCCACGACGUCCAGGACUAUGCAGACAAUAUCAAAGCUCAGCUCUUUGAAACAUCCAGCAAGACAGGCCAGAGUGUGGACGAGCUCUUCCAGAAAGUGGCAGAGGAUUACGUCAGUGUGGCCGCCUUCCAGGUGAUGACAGAGGACAAGGGCGUGGACCUGGGCCAGAAGGCAAACCCGUACUUCUACAGCUGUUGUCACCACUGAGUCACCACUCACCUGGCCUGGGGGAAUUGAAGGAAUUCCCCCAGAGAGGCUGGACCUAGCUCUUGUCUGGGCUUGGGUGAUCACACGUCUGCGCUACCCUGGGUCCCCAUGGCAGCAGAGGUGGCACCUGCCUGUGCUGGCCCAUGGAACAGACGCAGCACUUGGGCUGACUGAUGGGCACAAGGAGGGUAAGGGCUGAUUCGCACCCCAGGCUGGCUUCUGCACUGGACAGCACUUGUGUCUACAAAUUAUUUAAGUGGCUUCUGAUUUGUAAAUAAAAUCAAUGCACUGUGAAUCACA